AUGGCUCAACACCAGAUGGACCCCACCUUCUUCGUGGAGUCGGACGACGACUUCAACGCCUCCACCAUCACACCCCGCCAGGCUGCCAAGAUGAUUGCCCGUCGGAAGCAGGAUCUCAUCGGAAAUGAGCUCUCUCGCCUCGCCGCCGACGAGUACCUCGAGGACGUUAUGCAGCACAUGGCGCAUAUGGAGGAGGAGACGGUCCCCGACGUCAACCUCAUCGACAUGCAGCGCGAGAUACAGUGGUUCAUGAGGCCUUACCUCAUCGACUUCCUCGUUGAGGCCCACGCUGCCUUCGCCCUUCUGCCCGAGACGCUGUACCUGACCAUCAACCUCCUCGACCGCUACUGCGCCAAGCGUAUAGUGUAUAAGCAGCACUACCAGCUCGUCGGAUGCGCCGCUCUCCUCAUCGCCGCCAAGUACGGCGACAAGAAGGACCGCGUCCCCCAGAUCCACGAGCUCAACAACAUGUGCUGCGGCCUCUACGACAGCGGAAUGUUCACCCAGAUGGAGAUGCACGUCCUCAACACGCUCGACUGGUCCAUCGGCCACCCCACCGUCGAUUUCUUCGCUCAGCUCAUGGUUGCCGAGGAGCAGGACGACCAGGACGUCGACCACAUGGCCGCCUACAUGAGCGAGAUUGCCAUGUACCACCGCGAUUUCGUCUCCACCAAACCCUCGACCAUGGCCCGCGCCUCACUGGUCCUCGCCCGUGCCGUCCUCGGCCGCCCCGAGGUCAACGACGGCGCCUGGGACCAGACGGAGAACGUGACCCUCCUGACCCUCUCGCAGCACCUCCACCGCCCCUCGCCCACGCUCGCCCGUAAGUACUCGAGCCAGCACCUGUCCAAGGUGUCUCAGAAGCUCGCCGACUUCAUGGCCCAGCAGGCCGCCCUGGCCCGCCGCAACGCCGAGCCCCCCACGCCCCCGACCGAGUCGGUCAAGCACAGCAACGACGUCCUGAGCACCCCGCAAAAGGGCAACGGUGCCCCGGCCGGCUUCGAUGGAUACCUGACGCCACCCAUCACCCCCGACGGCCACCACUUUGCCAAUGCGGCAGCGGCAGCAACCAACCAGUACUCGGUACAGCCUCCCAGAUGCCCAGUGACCCCCUCACACGGGCGACAAGAACAGCAGCCUCAGCAGUACCCAUCGACGACACACGGAGCCUACGCGAACCAGCACUACAUCAACCCUUAG